UUAGGUCUGAAUGUCUGUAAACAUUGCAUUGAAUUUGUGGUCAAUUUGUGGUCAAUUUGAAGACUAUUAUUAUGGGAAUCGUUAAGAAGUCUCUGAAGUUAGGAACAGCUCUGGGAGUGACAUAUCUGACGGUAGAGCAGAGGUUGUGGUCACAACUGAGCCAUAAGGACAUCGACGCCAAGCUGGUGAUUGUCACCAAAUAUGGACAACAGGUCCAGACGUUUGUCACGCAGAAGACGGGCGUCGAUGUGAAGCAGUGGAAGCCAUACACUCUUCAGUCGUACGAUCCCAAGAGUGUGUGGAACCGAUUGGUGAAGACUGGGUUCCGCACGUCAGCCGACUUCCGGUUAAAGCCUUUUAUAACUAAAGUGCAAAAACUGUUGGAAACGACUACCAAAUGAAUAGUUUUUACAAUUAAUCCCUAAAUACUUGCCAUUAGUUUAACUCAAUUCUUAAGUUAUAUUUUAAUUGUAUUCAUAUUUAUGCCAAUAA